CCUCAACAGACGCAGACUGGAUGAUUUGGCAGCAGGGGCACGGCAGCUCUUUAUUUUAAGAACUCGGGGGAGUUAACACACGAUGAAACGUCAAUUAGUUUUGCCAGCAUGUUUGCUGCUGCUCUGGGCGCUGACAGCACCCGUCAGUUGUGCAGGUAAGAAGACUGCCUUAAUAGUUGGGUUGCAUAUUAACUUAAUUAUGUUAUUAUAUAUGUCUAAAUCUGUCCUUUUUUCAGACGAGAUGACUGUAAGCGAGGUUCCUGACGGGAUCAAGCUGUCUUGUGGUGAAAGUAAAAUAGAAAAUAAAGAUGGUGGUACUGUUGAUUAUAUAUUGAAAUACAGUGAUGAGUUCACAGGGGAGUACAAAUGUGUGCCUACAAAUGAUGACUCCAACAGUGACGGACAAAAAAUCUUUGUGAAAUUUCGGACCUGUGAUAACUGCGUGGAGUUCGACGAGGUUUCGAUUGCAGGAAUAGCUGUAGGGAACUUGGUGCUCACAGCUGUGAUCGGAGUUGCUGUUUACCUCGUCACGUCUCAGACUUCUCGGAUCGGUCCAGUCAGCUCGAAGAAGAAAAGCUCUGACAGACAGCAUCUUGUUACACAUGAAGUGAGCAGCGGCAGCAGCAGAGCUCCCAAUGACCAUUACCAGCCUCUGAAGGCUCGUCAGAGAGAUACAUAUGAUGUACUCGCCAGGAAGUAGAAAGUGUGGUUGGCUCACUGCCCGGCACCUCCACCGAAGACAUGCUGUCUUUGUGUCCUUGCACCUCAAACAUCUGCAUGAGGGAAAGUCUGUCAUUUGUGAUGGGUGUCGCUCAUUCCCAAUCUAAUAUGCUCUGUAUGAUACUGUUGUAGCUUUUCUCGUAUCAUUUAUUUUAACUGUGCUUGUAAGAUACUGCUCUUGACCCUCUGAACUCCCAAGCAGUUUCAGGGCUCUUUUUUUACAUUUUACUCACUGUGGGCUUGUAUUUCAUUGUAAUAUACAAGUCCUGCAGCUCUAUGGAAUCAGCACAAUCAUGGCUAGAAUUUGGAACAACUAAUUAUUUUUAAUAAAUAUUUUGUCUAGAAUAACACAGGUAUGACUUAAAUUUACUUUCCCUGAUAAUUAUUUAUAUUAAAUAAUAUAAUUUAUAUAUAAAGCACUUUUCCAAGUUCCCAAAAAAUGUCAUGAAUAUUGGAAAAAAAUUACAUGCAUAUUGGACUUUUGCAUUUUUACAACCUCUGUCUGAUUUUCAGUGAAUAUUUGUCAUGUGACUUAAAUUAUGCAUCUAGAAUAAAGUGAUUUUGACAGAAAUAUUUCAAUUUUAAGCCUCAUUUUGUUCACUUUUUCAAACCAAAAGUUCUGUAAUCAAUGAUCCAAUGAUUCAAGGGCUGUUGUUCAAAUUCCAACGAUAAUGCCAGUUUUUACAUUUGCUUUCUAUAAUAAACUGUAUUUUUGGUGAUCUUUUAAAGAAAACGUACGUUUUGUUUUCUCGACUUGUUGACCUGUUGCUGUAUUUACAGUUAUUUUGGUAGCAUUUUAGUUGUCUGAUGUGUUAUUUUUUUGUCAGUAGGGCUUCAGCCAACUCAUAUCAUGACAUGACACAAGUGUUUAUUUUAACAAAACUGACUUUAUCAUGAUGCAAAAUUAAAAUAUUAGAAUAAAA